AUGUCAUAUAUUAUUAAAUAGAUAAAAAAUAAUACUGAAUCGGUUUCUUAAAAUGUUAAUGCUGCAAAAAAUUAAAUUGAUCAAGCAGAUAAACAAUUAAAAUAAUUUGAAGGAAAUAUUGCUAAAUUAGCUUGCACAGCUGUUGGGUGUGGUUUAGGCUUUAUUGCUGGAGGUCCUAUAGGAGCUGCAUUUGGGGGAGGAUUUACAGGAAUAUGUAUUAAAGGAUUACUUAAAUGA